AUGAGUUCGUUCGAACUUCGGGAUGAGCUCGAGGAGAUCAAGAGUAUCGAGAAUUACAAGAUCAACAACGAACACGAUGUCUCGUCUAUGGACCAACAUGAGGUCGACGACAUCCUCAGCCGUGCCGUCGACGCUAUCUCUCAAGACUUCGCGAACGUCACGGACGACGAAACUCUGGAUAUAUACCGCAGCGUACUUAAGGGAAUUAUGACCAGCCCGCAAAAUAUCCCUCCGGUCCUCAUGACCAAGAUCCUGGAUUCGCUCGCGUCCGCCUUUACCGCCGCCGUUGAGGAUACCACGCGAUACGUCGACAACUUCGGACCGGAAGAGUUGCGAGAACGGCGUCAAGUCCUUGAAACAUAUGCUUUUUUGCUGCACUGGUUCGUGAUGGGAGCGGACAAGUACAAGGGUGGCGCGGGUGCUGCCGACGGCGUGUCCGUUGCACCAAAGCCGAGGAGAGGGAGGGGUGGGAAAGCUGCAGCGGCCGCACGCGCGAAGAAGGGUGCGGAGUGGUCGUGGGUGGAGCAGAUCGAGCCGACGCUCGAGCUCAUCGUGAAGGCGCUCAAGAUCCGCUCGCAGAGGAUAUGGACGACGACCGCAGACCGCGAGACGUUCCUCGACCCGCUUAUGAGCCCCGUCUACCGCGUGAUGGAAAACGAGGCCUACAUGAAGUUCGAAACCAUUCGCGCCAACAUCUUCCAAGCCAUCUGCCUCGCCGUCAAACACCACAACCACAGCAAGGCCGCGCAGGCCAAGUUCAAGCAGCUACUCGGAUACUCGGAAGGUCCCGCCGACUACAUCGCCGACCUGCUCGCUGUGCUUGUCAACGAAUAUGAGCAGAUCGCGAUCGGCGAGGAGUUCCUGCGUAUGGUGGCUAAGGUAACGUGGACGUCGGCCGAUACAACUGGACCCAAGUCAUUUGCGCGUUUCCUCGUGCAUCUCGCGGAGGUCGCGCCGCGCUUGGUGUUGAAGGAGCUCAAUGCGCUGCAGAACCACUUGGAUAACGACUCCUACCAGAUGCGCAACGCCAUCGUAGAAAUCUUCGGUCUUCUCAUCCGCGACCAGCUCCAGACCGCCGUCGACUUUAAAGAAGUCACGCCCACAGUCGAUCCCCUCUACACCGCCCUCCUCCAACGCACGCGCGACAUAUCCUCCUACGUCCGCUCCCGCGCCUUCCAAGUCAUCGCCAAAGUCAUCGACGUGCCCCAGAACGGCGCCUUCCGCAACCAGCGCAUGAAGAUGGCGCUCAAGGCCAACGCCGCGCUCAUGGACAAGACCGCCACGGUUCGGAAAUACGCUCUGAUAUGCCUGCAGAAGCUUAUCCAGACGCAUACGUUUGCGACGGUCAAGGACGGGAAGGAGUUCACGGAUCUGCCGAAGGAGGCGUUUGCGGAGCAGUAUGAGCAGUUCUGCGCCGAUGAGAAGCAGCAUAAGGCUCAGCUUAAGGCUCUCGCUGCGCCCAACGAGCCCCUUCAAGGCGCACCGCCCAAGGAGAAUGAGGCGGAGGCAAGUCAGACGCCCAAGAAGAAGAAGAAGUCGAGGAAAUCACGCGCCGAAGACGACGAGAGCAUGGAGGUAGACGGCGAAGGCGCUGAAGGCGAGGAAGCAGAGGAGGAGGAAGACGACGACGACGACGCCGAUAGUAUCGUGUCUGCCGACGGCGAACCCAAGCCCAAGGCCGAGGAGGAGCCCGAAGUGGACAUCAGCACGCUCGACCUUUCUGGCUUAAACGACGCGCAACAAGUCCGGGCAAACCACGAGAUCGAGAAGAUCGAGAUCGCGCAGAAGUACAAGAAGUACUACGGCGAGGCGUUGCAGUUUAUCGGUGUCGUCGAGUAUGCGAUGGAGACGGCCUGCGAUCUACUUGGUAGCAAGAACAAGGCCGAGGUUCUUGAAGCCAUCGAACUGUUCCGCGUGGCGUACAUGUAUAAGAUGUCCACGGCCGAGAUCGGAAUGCGCAGGAUGAUCCAUCUCAUUUGGCAGAAAGACAACAACGCUCCGCCUACGACUACGGGCGAAGAGGUCGUCUCGACUAAGGGCGUGCGCGCGCGACUGAUCGAUACAUACGACGCAAUAUACUUGACGCCGCAGCAACAAGUGGAGCCACAUAGACGGGCGAAGGAGGUUGCGAAGCAGUUGAUCGUGUUGACGUACAGCAUGUCGCUCGCCGAGCUGACUUCGCUCGAGGAACUUCUGCGCCAGAUGACUGACGAGGGCAAGGUGGAGAGCGAAGUCGUCGAGACUCUUUGGCUGGUCUACGAGGACAAACGCGCCCUUCCACCUGUACAGCGCCGCGGCGCUAUCAUCCUCCUCGGCAUGUUCGCGCUCUCCAAGCCGUCUAUCGUGCGCGACAAGCAGUCUAUUCUGCUCGAGAUCGGUCUCGGCAAGCAUGGCAAGGCUGACCUUCAACUCGCGAAGUACACCUGCAUCGCCCUGCAGCGCAUGACCGGCUUCAAGAAGAAAGUCAAAGGCUCACUCGAAGACAAUCGCCAGCGCUACGCCAUGUCCAACCCCGUUUUCCGCCGCCUUAUCGACGUGAUUGAGACGCCAACGCACGACCGGGCGUGGUUCGCGUUCGCAGAGCAAGCUAUCAACGCUGUGUAUGCGCUCGCGGAGAAGCCGGAGGUCGUGGUUGAGAGGAUCAUCAGGGAUCUGACGAGGAGAGCGUUCACUAGUGCGCCAGCGGCCGACCUCGGCGGGUCUGCGCCGCCGCCGCCUCAGCCGGAGCAGGAGAAGCCACAGGAAGAAAAGGAUCCGGACGCGAUGGAGACUGAUGACGAGGGCACACCCACGCCGACGGGAGAGGACAGGGCCGCGACGCCCCAACCGCAAGCCGCACCCGGCCCCUCACAGCCCAGCGCAAUCCCAGGCGGGGACGCCGGCGACGCCUUCGGCCUCAGCCAGAUGUUCUUCGUCGUCGGCCACGUCGCGAUGAAACACAUCGUCCACCUCGAGCUCAUCGAGCGCGAGAUGAAGCGCAAGAAGCAGGAGCAGGAGAUUGCGGCGAAGCAGGGUGCCAGUCAGGCUGAGAAGGAGGACGAGAUCGAGCAGGUUGCGGGGAACGCGGAGGAUGAUAUUGGGGAGCAUAUCAAGGUGGUUAGGGAGGACGAGCUGUUGUUUGGGGACAGGAGCUUGUUGAGGGUGUAUGGGCCGUUGUUGGUGUAUGUUUGUGGGUCGCCGCAGAUCUACAAGGACGCGACGUUACGUGCCGCCGCCACUCUCUCCUUCGCCAAGUUCCUCUGCAUCUCCGGCAAGUUCUGCGAACAGCACCACAUGCUCCUCUUCAAAAUUCUCGAAACAUCCCGCGACCCCAACAUCCGCGCCAACAUCGUCAUCGGCAUCGGUGACCUGGCGGUAUCCUUCGCCACCAUCAUCGACGAGCGUCUAAACGACCUCUACAUGGGGUUGAGCGCCGACGACCUGAUCGUAAAGAAGAACACGCUGAUGGUGCUCACCCAUCUGAUAUUGAAUGGGAUGAUCAAGGUUAAGGGUCAGCUGGCUGAGAUGGCGAAGUGCAUUGAGGAUGGGGAGCAGAGGGUUAGCGAUUUGGCGAAGUUGUUCUUCAACGAGCUGUCGACGAAGGAUAAUGCGAUAUACAACAACUUGCCAGACAUGAUCUCUCAUUUAUCGUUUGGCCGGUUCGCAGUAUCCGAAGAAGCCUUCCAGAACACCAUGCGCUACAUCUUCACCUUCGUCGAGAAAGAGCGGCAAGCGGAGAACAUCAUCGAGAAGCUCUGCCAGCGCUUCAAGCUCGCGCCCGACGCCCGUCAAUGGCGCGACAUCGCAUUCUGCCUCUCGCUUCUACCCUUCCGAUCUGAGAAGAGUCUGAAGAAGCUCAUUGAGGGGUUGCCGCAUUAUAAGGAUAAGCUCCACGACGAGGGCGUUUAUUCGAGGUUUGUGGAGAUUUUGGCAAAGGCGAAGUUGGCGAAGAAGAAUGAGCAGGAGAUUACGGAUUUCGAGAAGAUCCUGGAUGAUAGUCGGCAGAAGGGAGAAGAGGACCAGGAGUUCGAGAAGCAGGUUGAGAAGAACAAGGCGAAGGCGAAGAAGCGGGCGACGAAGAAAGAGAAGGCUGCUGCUGCUCCUGCUGCGAAGCGCGCUACUCGUACGCGGAAGAAGGCGGCUGCAGCUGAUGAUGAUGAUAUGUACGAGGACGACUAG